AUGCCUCCAAGGAAGGCAAUCAUCUUGCCGCACCCACCAGGAUGGCUGGGACAAAUCGAUGAGCCUUGCCCACCAGUGCGUUCGAGUAUCGCCUCAAUCAAGUGUAGCAUGUCAGCUAAUCGUGCAGUUCACCUCGGAGAUCAACUUCGAGGAGUUCAAUCCGUUUCCAAAGGAGGCACCAAAGAUCGACAAUACCUUCUUCGCAGACAUAGACAACCUCCUGAAGGCAAGUUCAGUCUCCAAAAUAGUCAGGGAUACCGCUCACGGUACAAGCCCAAGCUCCUCUCCUCGUGGAACCCUCGUGUCGCGGUCGACGACAUGGAGCGAAAGAAGUGGUGCGAGAGGUUGAGCGAGCUCCAGAAGGGGCACCCGAGCUCCGGGCUACUGAACAACCUCACUGAUGAGGAGCUCGAGGCGGUAAUUGGGGAGGCGGAGGAGAGGGAAGAGCAGGAGGAGGCAGAGGAAAAGCUCGCACCCAGUGCAACACUUCCCGUCGUACGCCCUGAGCAUGAGCUAGAACUUCGCCGCCAGCUUCAGGAGUGGGCAAAGCUUUCCGAUGUACAGAAAAGGAAGGUACAGCAGUCCUACGCCCAGGCCCUCUCAUACGUCGCCAAUCCAGAAGAAAAGGAGCAGUUCAAGAAGUUCAUGGAUAUUUACCGUACCGGGGUUACCGAUAUCAUGCUCUCUCGAGGGAAAUUCAGUCGGGCCGACGACGGCACGGUCAUCCCGCAGCUUUGGCUCGGAACGUACGGCAGGCUCAUUCGUCUCCGCCUGCCCAGCGCACUGGGUCUAGGCGAAGAUGUCGAAGUAUUCCACACGCUCCUGUUCUACGCCUUGAAGAGUAAUGAAGAGGCUGAGGGACUGUUCCAGGGAAUACGCGAGGCAGCCCCGUCAGCACUUCUGCGGUAUCUCAUGGUCUCGGUAUUCUCGGACUUGCAGAACUACAACAGCUGGAAGAAGGUCGAUACGCAAGUUAUAUACGCCCUUACCCCCGGUCCCAUUGACGAAUCGCUCGUAAAGCUCUUGAAGAACGAAGGGUACAUGGUCGUCGCGAUAACGGUGCUGGUAAGUGAGAGUAGGAGGAGUGAUAUGGCAUGCCAAGCGGCAUGUUUCAGGUUAACCCAGCAGAUUGCUCUGUAUUGCGGCAUGACAUCCCUUCUCUCACGGCGCGGUCUAAAACACAUGAACCCCAAGGCGAAGGCCGUAAACAAGCGAGUGAGCGCAGCUCGAGACACCCGCUCCCUCGACAAAUGGCUGCUGACACCGGUUCUCAAAUUUCCGGAUCCGCUCACGGUCCUUAAUCUCCACUUUGUGGAGACUUUCCUGACAAUGGCAGGCGAAUGCUCGGUGGACGCGAAGGCUGGCCUCAACGUGAACAUCGUCGACUCCGUUGUGCGCGAAAUGCUCAUUCCUACAAAGGACAUGUGCAAGAUCCUGGCCGCUUGGGAGCGGAUGUUGGAGUCGUCAGCCGGAAAGGAAGCUACGUGGCCGGUGACAGAUGACCAGUGGGCAUAG